AUGCGUGUUGAGGAGAAGAGAGAAUCCGAGUUCGACGUUCCAAGCGUGACGGGCUCCUCAACAGGAGGCCGAUGUAGGCAAGGUACAGUAGACGAAAACGAGCAACGACCCAGUCAUCACGAGCCCUCGACGGAGUUGGUGGAAGGCGGCGAAAGCAACAUGCGCUCUCUUUUGGGUAGUCGUGUUGCACAACAUGUCGCCUCUCCCACUCGACGCCCGUGCGCACAACACGCAGUCUCGGACUGGAGUAUCUUUGGCCAUUUUCUUCUUCAAUUUGCCCACUCGUUUGUGCGUGAUCACUUAUGCCGGUGUUGCCUCAGUGGGCCAACCAGAGCUGAGUGGUGUCUGUCAGUCUUUUCACGAGAAAUGGACGAUUUUCACAGUCAACUUCACUUUGCAUAUUAUUCCCAAAGUCAGUAA